AUGUUUGUCUCGACGCAAGUGUUCAAACAUUUGAGACAAUGCUCUCAAACCAUACUCCGGCGCACCGGUAGCCCGCUAUCGGCCGCAUACCGGCGCCAACUGUCGUGCUGUACUCAGGCGGCCCCUCUAAACGAGGACACCCUCGCCGUUCAGAGCCAACUGCCGGCGCCGUUGACUCAGUUAACCACCGACGAGGAGGCGAUGCGAGACAUAGUGCGGCGAUUGGCCGACGAGAAGGUGCGACCACUCGUCCGCCAGAUGGACGAGUCGGCAGUCAUGGACCAGUCGGUGAUCGACGCCCUGUUCGCCAACGGACUCAUGUCCGUCAACAUCGACACGGCCUACGGGGGGACGGGAGGCAACACCUUCUCCCUAAUGGUGGUCAUCGAGGAGUUGGCCAAAGCCUGCGCCUCCGUCUCGGCGUUCGUUGGCAUUCACUCGACACUCGCCGUCCAGACGCUCAUCUCGUUCGGCACCGACGACCAGAAGCGCCGAUACCUCCCGGUGUUGGCCCAGCGAAGCGCCGGCAGUUUCUGCAUCUCUGAGCCGAACGCCGGGUCCGACGCCUUCGCCCUGAAGACUACCGCCACCCGAGAGGGCGACCAUUGGGUGAUCAAUGGGGCCAAGAGUUGGAUCACAAACGCCAAGGAGGCGCAGGUGUUUGUGGUGUUCGCCAACGCCGACCCCCGGGCCGGCCACCGCGGAAUCACCUGUUUUAUCGUCGACCGGCACACCCCGGGGCUCACUGUCGAGCGCCCGGAGAACAAGCUGGGCAUCCGUUGCUCGUCCACCUGUCCGGUGACGCUCGACGGCGUACGGGUGCCCGAGUGCAAUGUGGUCGGGCAGGUGGGCCAGGGCUACAAAUACGCCAUACAGACGCUGAAUGUCGGCCGCAUUGGUAUCGCCGCCCAAAUGCUGGGGCUGGCGGAGGGGUGUUUCCAGGAGGCCGUCCGAUACACGUUUGAUAGGAAACAGUUCGGGCGCCGGAUCUUCGACUUCCAGGCCCUCCAGCACCAGAUCAGUCGCGCGGCCACUGAGAUCGAGUCGGCCCGCCUCCUGGUGUACAACUCGGCCCGACUCAGGGACGCGGGUAUGCCGUUCGUGAAGGAGGCCUCGAUGGCCAAGUACUACGCCAGCGAAGUGGCCACCCGUACCACCAGUAAGGCCGUGGAGUGGUUGGGUGGGGUGGGCUUCACGAAG